UGAGCAGGAGCCUGCUGGUCUCUCCUGUCAGGUGGAGGAAGUACGCAUGACCAUUCAAGAAUACUCAAGAACAGAGGUGUACACAGUUAUUACGGCGACAGGGAAGAAAGUUGGCUUUGGAGAAACUGUAUUCUGAGAAUGCUGUUUGCUUCUGGUUGAAAAAGAAAGAAUACAACUACAGACAAAACCUUUAUAUCAGCUUUUAUUAUAGCAUUGCAAAUAACAAUGUAAUUAGAUUUACAUCAGUCUUCUUGGCGAGGCGUGGAGCGUCUUGCCUCAGUAGACAUGAGCGACCCAAGGCAGUCACAAGAAGAGAAGCACAAGCUUGGCAGAACGUCUUCAAAGUUCAAGGAUCCUCCCAGAAUCAUGCAGUCUGAUGACUAUUUUGCUAGAAAAUUUAAAGCCAUGAAUGGCAACAUGGGACCUGCGACUUCUUUAAAUGCCUCCAAUUCCAAUGAGAGCGGUGGUGGCGGUCCAGCUAAUGGUACCCCGGCUGUGCCCAAAAUGGGCGUGAGAGCAAGGGUAUCUGAAUGGCCUCCCAAAAAGGAUUGCUCCAAAGAGCUGUCCUGCAAGGCGCUCUGGGAAAGCCGGUCUCAGGCCAGUUACGAAAGUGUCACCUCUCUCAUGCAGAACGGGCAGAAUGACCAGGGCGAAGGUCAGCAAGAGGAACAGCUUGAUCUAGAUUUUGUGGAGGCGAAGUAUACAAUCGGAGACAUCUUUGUUCAUUCCCCUCAGAGAGGACUUCACCCCAUCCGACAGAGAAGCAAUAGUGAUGUCACCAUCAGUGACAUUGAUGCCGAAGAUGUCUUAGACCAAAACGCAGUCAACCCCAACACCGGGGCCGCCCUGCACCGGGAGUACGGAAGCACUUCGUCCAUCGACAGGCAGGGCUUAUCUGGUGAGAACUUUUUUGCUAUGCUUAGAGGGUACCGUGUAGAGAAUUACGACCACAAAGCGGUGAUCCCUUUUGGGUUCCCUGAGUUUUUUCCCUGUGACCCUGCCAUCUCUCCCAGCCUUCAUGCAGCAGCACAGAUUUCUAGGGGAGAAUUUGUCCGCAUGUCAGAAUUAGACUACAUGGACAGCGCCCUCCUGAUGGGGAGAGACAGGGACAAGCCUUUCAAACGAAGGUUAAAAUCCGAGUCCGUGGAAACAUCCCUCUUCCGAAAGCUUCGAACUGUUAAGAGUGAGCACGAAACUUUCAAGUUCACCUCUGACCUGGAGGAGAGCCGUCUCGAGAGGGGCAUUCGCCCUUGGAAUUGUCAGCGAUGUUUUGCACAUUAUGAUGUCCAGAGCAUUUUGUUUAAUAUUAAUGAGGCCAUGGCCACCAGGGCUAAUGUGGGGAAGAGAAAAAACAUAACCACUGGGGCUUCUGCAGCGUCCCAGACCCAGAUGCCCACAGGCCAGACGGGUAGCUGUGAGUCCCCUUUGGGAAGCAAAGAGGACCUCAACUCCAAAGAGAACCUGGAUGCUGAUGAGGGUGACGGGAAAAGCAACGACCUUGUUCUUAGUUGUCCUUACUUUAGAAAUGAGACUGGAGGGGAAGGGGACAGGCGGAUUGCGCUUUCUCGGGCCAGCUCGUCCUCCUUCAGUGCUGGGGAAAGCUGUUCUUUCGAGUCGUCGCUCAGUUCUCACUGCACAAAUGCAGGCGUGUCGGUCUUGGAAGUGCCCAGAGAAAACCAGCCCAUUCACCGGGAGAAAGUGAAACGCUACAUCAUAGAGCAUAUUGACCUUGGGGCCUACUAUUACCGUAAAUUCUUCUAUGGGAAAGAGCACCAAAACUACUUUGGCAUAGACGAAAACCUUGGCCCAGUGGCUGUCAGCAUCCGGAGAGAGAAAGCGGAGGAUCCCAAGGAAAAAGAAGGGUCUCAGUUCAAUUACAGGGUGGUUUUCAGGACAAGUGAGCUUACAACCCUGAGAGGAGCAAUUUUAGAAGAUGCUAUUCCAUCUACUGCUAGGCACGGUACCGCACGAGGACUACCUCUCAAAGAAGUUUUGGAAUAUGUCAUUCCAGAGCUGAGCAUUCAGUGCCUGCGACAGGCUUCCAACUCACCCAAGGUUCCAGAACAGCUGCUCAAGCUCGAUGAACAAGGGGUGUGUAUAGUGUGGGAGAGUGUAUUGUAUGUCUGUGUAUGAAUUUGCAUCUAUGUUUCUAAAGGUUUUGGAAUUUCCCCAUCCAUCUUUCCUUUAAAAAUCUCAUUUUUUUAAUGCCUUGGAGCAUUUUCUCUCUAUUUUUUUUCCAAAUAUGCCUUUAUAGUAGUUUAGAAACAUGAUGCCUUUAUGGUAUAACACA